CGGUGCUUUUGCUCAUUUCAGUUUUAGUCGUUAAACGAGAGAGCAAGCGACGACUUGCACAUUUGGUUGGCUUGCGCGCGUGUUUUGUGUUCAAAAAUAAAGUGUUAAACAGAAAUCUGUUUGUGGAAAAAAAAGUAAAGUGUGUGUGUGCAAAUACAAAAGCAAAAACAAAAACAAAAUCAAAGCAAACGGGCAACGUUCUCGCAAUCGGGGGCGGCAAAUAGCAAAAGUUCAAAACACAAACCGCAGCCACCGUUACAGUUGCACUUUGUUGCCGCUCGCAGUCGUCGCUUGUCGUUUGUCGCUUGUCGGUGUUUUUGUUGUUUUUACUCGGCGAAGUCAGCGGAGGCGUCGCGCGCGUCCCUCGGAGGUGCCAACAGCAAGAGCGAAUGUGUUUCAAUGAUGUUACUGCCUUCGGGGCGUUCGAAUAGUGAUGUCUAUCCGUUACAAAAUUCCAGCUCACAGGCGUCCAGUGUGGGCGCGUCCAAGCCCCUGUUACUGACAAGAACAUCAUCACCACAAUUGACAACGUUGCCAACAUCAAAUGGCAGCGCCAACGCGAACGCCUACACAACUCUCCUCAACUCCUCCUCCUCCUCCUCGCCCUCAGUAGCACCACAAGAAACGGCCGGAAGUCUGUCAGAGACCGGAACACAGUCGACAACAACGACGUCAACAACGACGACGACGACGACGAUAGCAGCAACAACAGCGGACACCAUAAACUCCGGAAUUGAGGUUGGUGGCAUCUAUGGCCCCAUUUUGGGGCAGAUUCAUGCGAACAGCAUUGCCAUCGGAAAUUGGGGCGAAAUUGAUCGACAUUUGGAGGCGGUCCAGGAUAAACUCAAAGCUGGUUGGUCAGUGCAUGUGGGAAAAGAAGGAAGACUCUACUAUUGCAAUCAUUUAACGCAAUCAUCUGGUUGGCUGCCCGCUUGUGAGGACUGGAGUAAGCAUGAGGAGCUCACCUAUGGCUGGGAGCGUGCCAUAGAUUCCAAGGGUCGUUCCUACUACAUCAAUCAUUUGAAUAAGACGACCACAUAUGAGACACCCGAAUGCAUAAGAUGGGAUGAGCAUCCACCGGAGCCUCGCCUGGUUUUGUUGCUUCGCAGCGCCAGUUUGGGAUUUGGCUUUGUGGCGGGCAGCGAACGGCCGGUGAUUGUGCGUUUCGUUACGGAGGGUGGUCCCAGCAUUGGGAAACUGCAGCCGGGUGAUCAGAUACUGGCAGUCAAUGGCGAGGAUGUCAAGGAUGCGCCAAGGGAUCAUGUCAUUCAGUUGGUUCGCGCCUGUGACGCCCAGGUGUCGCUGCUCGUCUGCCAGCCCAUGGCCCAUUGUGUGCUGCCUGGUCGCAAAUCGACGCUGCUCUCCGCCGGCAAACGGGCCAAGCUGCGGACGCGUCCAAGUCGUGUGCGAUUUGCGGAGAGCGUGUGCGUCAAUGGAGCACCAUUAUUUCCGCCUUCGGCCUUUUCGCUGGGCGACAUCUGUGUGCCACCAAUGGCGAAUGUGCUCAAGGUCUUUCUGGAGAACGGUCAGACCAAGUCGUUUAAGUACGAUGCCACCACAACAGUGCAGGAUGUGGUUAGCUCCCUGCUGGACAAGCUCUGUCUCUGCUGCGGCGAACUCUUCAGCCUGGUGCUGGAGCAUGUCAAGAGUCUAAAACGCAACAAGCUCACACUUCUCGAUCCGCAGGAGUCACUGGCUCGCAUUGCCGCUCGUCCAGGAGCUCACAAGCUGCGCUGCCUGUUUCGCAUCACUUUUGUACCCAUUUCGGCCGCAGAGCUGGCACAGCGGGAUCUGCAUGCCCUGGACUAUCUGUACAUGCAAUGCUGCAACGAUGUCAACCAGGAGCGAUUUGCCCCAGAGCUGCAGCCGGAGCUAGCACUGCGUCUGGCCGCCCUACACAUGCAUCAGCAUGCGUUGGCCAAUAACUUUUCACCUGCCAAGCUCACUGUCAAGCUGGUCGAACGUGAGUUUGGCCUGGAACGCUUUGUGCCCGUCAGUCUCUUUGAGGGCAUGAAACGCAAGGAACUGCGUCGUCUUAUCUCACAUUUUUUAAAGCUCAACGCGGAGAUGACAGGAUCGUCCAGCAAGGUUUUAACACAGCUGCAGGCGAAACUCCAUUAUCUAGAUAUAAUUGCUAGUUUACCAAGCUAUGGCGCCAAAUGUUUCAGCACAAACCAAAGAGAGGGCAUGGAGCGAGUUCUUCUGGUCAGUCCGAGAUUCGGUCUAAGUCAGAUAUCCAGUGCGCGUAAUUCGGUGCCACAGCCGAUUUCGGCCAUAGAGGACUUUACCCAUGUGGUGGUGCAUCGCGAGGACGAUGUGACCAGCAGUGUAUCCAUUUAUAUGCUGGGCGAUCGUGCUGUCAAGUUCAUAAUGGAGGAGCGCGAUGCCUGCGAGUUCAGUCUGGUAUUGGGCGGCUAUUAUCGACUGCUGACAGGGAACAUGCUGAAUGUGCUGCGGGAACGUGAGCCACAUGAGGAUGACAAUGCGCCCGCAUUCUUGUCCCAGCAUACAGUGCUGCCUGCAGGCUGGAGCUAUCUGUUGCCAUUCCAUACGCGGGCGCACAGUGUUAACUUUCUGAUGACGCCGCCAUAUCAUCCGAUGCCGCACAAGGCGGUGCUGUCGCAGUCGCAGUUGCAGCCACAGCCACAAUCACAGCCUGGACAGUCGCAGUCGUUGCCUUAUGCCACUGAUCUGGAUCUGCACAGCGUUAUGGCCACUGAGCUGCUGGAGGAGGCGGCCAAGGAUUCGGGCCUGAGUGACAGCAGUGGCAGCAACUAUUGCAGCGAGGGACGCAGUCAGCUGUCAACGGUUGAGGCCAAGAACGAGCAGGUGCUGCGCCGUGUUCAGGAGCUUCAACAGCUCGUCCAAUGCUCCGAACAGUAUCUCAAUGAGCAGGAGCAGGAGCUGCAGCAGAUGCAGAUACAGUUACACCAUCAGCAGCAGCAGCAGCAACAACAACAACAGCAGAUGGGUCAAGGUGUCGCCAUGCUCGAGUUUGACAGCGAUUGCGACAGUCUGAACAGCAGCAAGGUGUCCUCCACGGAGGAGGGCCACGUCAUUCCCACGGCCACAUCCGCUUUGAAGCACAGCGAUUCCUUGACGCUGCUGGCGGAGACCAUAAGCCAUGAGCUGAGCGGCAUUACGCAGGGUUUGAAUGCCAUUCCGGAGCCGGUGUCUGCAUCGGCACCGCCCACACCCGCCACGCCCAAACGCAAGCCGAGCUUGUGCAGCACCUCCAGUCCACGACCACAGCGCAAGCUCAACGGCUUCAGUCAGCUGCUGAGCGAUCUGCAAGCACUGGGCACGGAUUUCUCGCAGAGCGAAAGUGAUUCCGAGUCGGUGGCAUCGCCAGCGCAGUCGCCAACAACACGACGGCCACAGCAGUUGAUCCAGGCGGGCAUCAAGCAGCAGGUGGCACAACGCAGCAGCUUUGGACUGCACAGUCCGGAUGGGAGUCACUUUGGUGCCGAGACAAAGGACUACAAUUUGCGGGAGUAUCUGCAGCAGCUCAAGGAGAUCAGCAAUGUGCCAGCCGCGGAUACGGAUGUGGCAGCACGUCAGCUAUCGGAGAUCUAUGGCUUUGAGGUGCGCGAGGAUACGUUCAUUGAGACGGACACGGAUUUAAUUGAUUUGCGUGCCAUUCCACCGCCCCAGACGCCAGAUGAGUUGGACUCGCUGUCGCUGAUGAAUGCGGCGCCACCAAAGGGAUUUGAGGGCAGGGCUGAGGAGCUGGACAGCUUUCUACAGCAAAUGCUGGUGGCACCACCGACACAGAAAGCAACGCCCGCCAAGGAAUUAACACCCGAGGAGAUUAUGUCAUUCAUAAUACCGCCACCACCAAAUCUGGAGGCAGUGCAGCCGAGGCAGGAGUUGGAGACGGAAACGGAAUGCCUCUAUAGCAAUUCCGUGCAGGCCAAGCGUGAAUUUUUCCAGUCGGUGGCUAAUGGCAAUAACAAUAUCCAUAACAACAACAACACCAAGGAUCUAACACCACAUGUCAUUGAAUAUCCCACCGUGGAACGCAAAAGUAAAUUCAGCUGCUGUCCCACAUCCAAAAAGGAGGAGACCAUACCAAUCGAAGAGCAGGCUCCGGAUCCGGUGCAGCCGCCACCACGCACUCCCACCACGGAGCAGAUGACGCCACCGCCGGCGCGUCCACCCAAGAGCGCUGAGCUUCUUCAGCGAUAUUCACCCAAAAAGCAGCUGCGGAUCGUGGCGCCCGUGAGUGUGCCAUUGCGGGAACUCUGUCCACCGCAGCUGCCACCACGUAGCAGUCCGACAGCUGGCUCGGAGCCAGGUACUCCGCAACCCGUAGGACCUGCGGGAGGAGCGGCUGCAACAAUUGGGACUACCACAUCAGCGGUGAGUGCGCCCAAGAAACCCCCGCUGCCACCCAUUGCCAGUCGCCCACGUCCCGUCAAUGGCAUGCCCCCAAAACAACAACAACUACUGCAACAACAGCAACAUCCCGCCAGCACAUCAAUACCGCCUAUACCGGCCACAGCCCGACUACCCAAUGCGCAUUCCAAUGGCCAACCGGCGCUGCCGAAAAAGCCACAGCAGUUGCACGGCGAGAAGCUGUUCAUCAAGAACGGUCACCUCAUCGACGGUGAAGCGCUGCUGUCUAAAACGGACGUGGCCAUGACCGGGCUACUCAUUAAACUGGAUCAGGUGGCCGCUCAGUGUUCCGCCGCCCAAUCAGCCGGUGGUGGCACCAGCAUCGAUGAGGAGAAAUUUCAACGGGCUCGCAACGAGUUAACUGAGCAAACUCUCGCCCUGGUCACGGCCAGCAAAUUUCUGGUGGCCUCCAUGUCUGAUAUGACACUGAUCACUCUCCCCGAUCACCUGACCUCCUGCCUUACGGCCAUAAGACGCAUCACCGAGCUGGCCCAGGACAUGACACGGCACACAUCGGCGCCGCUGCAAACGCGCAACAUUGUGUUGAAAGUACACGAUGUGGCAAGUAGCUUUCGGGAAUUGGUUGGCGUACAGAUUGGUCCAAUUGGUGCUGGCCAAUUGGCCCUACAGGCAGAAUGCCUGGCCAAUGUAUUGGCCACGUUGCUACGCAGCCUGCGUGUCUUCUCGCCCUAGACCAGAUCCCAAAUCCACGACAUAUCUACUCUACUAUCGAAAUAAUUACACAUCAACUAAACAGCUAAAUACCUUAUAUACAAGUUAAUCAUAUUUAUACACAACAUCUGCAACUAUUUUACAGGUAAACAGCAACGUCAGAGAGACGUUGGUCUGAACUUAGGCUAUACGAUAGCUAUACGAUACGUAAACAACUCUAGCGGAAACUCAAACAUAACCAAAUCUAUAAAUCGCGUUUAGAUACUUCAGAUAUAUGCAUCAUUUUGAGUUUUCUUAAGUUUUUCCUAAUACUAUACUUGGAAGGGUGUCAUAUUUCUCUCAUCUUAAAUUGUUUAUAUC